AUGAGCUCCCCUGAAAUUGUUUACGACGACACUGCUACCUUUUGCUCUCAACACACCGCCAAUCAACCAUCAAGAAUCGUUGGCGUAGCCAACCUCAUUCUCGGAACCUCCGAAGCAGAUAUCCGGGCGGCAUUUUGCGAGUUCGGCAGGAUUCAGUUCUGCUUCAUACCUUUAUCCGCACCGACAACCGCGAUAAUAGUUUUCUCAACCGAUGCGGAGGCAGCGGCAGGCGUAGACGGUAUGGACGGCGCUAUCGCCGAUGGAAAUAGCCUUCUAUUUUUUUAUUCCCUGGGCUACAUGAUUAAACAAGAUAUCUGA